AUGCCGGCGGAUUAUAGCUCAACAGCGAAGGCGUUGGCCCUACCUAUUUCUCCGUCUCCAUCUCCAUCCCCCAAUUCCGAGCGAAACGCAGCAAGACCGCCGUGGUCCAGAAGGCUAUCCUCAACCUCACGAAGACCAGCCAGCAACUCUCCAUACUCUCAGCACAGCCGACCAACAUCGGCUCUAAACCAAGUGCUCUCGACUGCCACAACAAUAUACCAGCGGGUUUGGAAAACGUUUAGAUCUUUGUCACCGAUACAACAAGUACUCGCAGCUACAGCCCUUAUAUGCAUAAACGUCUUUGGAAUUCUCUUCCUGGUAUAUAGCGAAAAGAUAUUCCACGUCCUCGGACCAUGGGCAAAGAAAUGGCAUGGUGUGACAGGUGGCUGGGUGGUGCUGUGGAUCAUAACGUUCUUCUGUGCAUUUCCUCCGGUCAUAGGAUAUUCUACCGCGGUAACAAUAUCUGGUUUUGUGUAUGGGUUUCCGGGAGGAUGGUACAUUGUUUCGACAGCUUCGGUAGCUGGUUCUCUGGCCUCCUUCCUCGCAUCACGAACUAUAUUCUCCUCCUACGUUGAGCGUUUAGUUGGGAACGACAAACGCUUCGAAGCCCUAGCUCUAACGCUGAAGCACGAUGGCAUCAAGAUUCUGUGUAUGAUUCGUCUUUGCCCGUUACCAUACAGCUUGAGUAACGCAGCCAUGUCCACGUUCCCUACAGUCCACCCAUUGGCGUUUGCAGCAGCAACAGCAAUAACAUCGCCGAAACUUCUCAUUCACGUCUUUAUUGGGAGUCGAAUGGCAGUCAUUGCCGAAAAGGGUGGACAGAUGAGUACAGGAACCAAAGCUAUAAACUACACGUCCAUGAUUCUAGGCGGAUUAUUGGGCGCUACGAUGGGCUGGAUUAUUUACAGCCGUACGCUGAAACGAGCGAAGGAGCUCGAAAUCGCAGAACUAGAAUCAGGACAGAGAGAAGUAGGCAGCCCGGCGCUCGGGAGAAGAUAUUCAGACGAAGAGAUAGACUCCGCGGCGCUGAUGAACGACGAUGACAUCUCAUUAUGGGACCACGAAGAUGGUGGAUUCGAAAGGAGAAUUGAAGACCCGAGUACAUACCGAGAUGAGUUUACAGAUGACGAGGAUGUAUUUGCGAGCGGCGAUGUAGAUGAGCCCAGAAAUAAGACCAACGUCAAGCCGUGA